AUGGCCCCAUAUGAAAUGCUAUGCGGAAGGAAAUGUCAGACUCCCAUAUGUUGGGAAGAUUUGGGACAAAGAGAAAUUGCACCUAGCGACGUAGUAGCCAUAACUAACGAGAAGAUUGAUCUUAUACGGGCUAGAUUAAAGGCGGCACAAGAUCGACAAGCAACAUAUGCAAAUCAAAGAAGACGUCCUCUUGAAUUCCAAGUUGGGGAUUAUGUGUAUUUGAAAGUAUCCCCAUGGAAAGGCGUAAUAUGUUUUCGAAAGCGCGGGAAAUUGGGUCCGCGAUACAUAGGACAUUUUAAGGUUCUAGCACGAGUUGGAAGGGUAGCAUAUCAAUUGGAUUUACCGCCAAUUUUAGAAGGGAUUCAUAAUAUAUUCCAUGUAUCUCAACUAAGGAAGUGUCUAUCGGAUGAAACCGCUUGCGUUUCUCACGAUGAUAUUGUAUUAGAUGAAAGAUUGAAUUACGUUGAAAGACCGAUAGCUAUCAAGGAUUCUAUGGUAACGCACCUUCGAAACAAGGCUAUAAAGCAAGUCUUGGUGCAAUGGCAACAUCGGAAAGGAUCAGAUCUUACAUGGGAACUGGAAGAUGAUAUGAGGGAGCAUUACCCGGCAUUAUUUGGUACGUAUUAA